CUGUUAGUACGACACAGACAGCGGAGUACCUAUUUUAGAGUAGACAGGACUGGUUAUUUUUAGGGCAAAUGACUGAACAAAAAUAGCAUACCGUUAGCUUGUGUCCUUCCCACAACCUUUUAAUUAGUUGUUUGACUUUUUGCAUCAUAGAAAUUGGCCAGUACACAACGUUUGUUGUCGGUUCUGGCAGCCAUCUGCCAGCUGGGGAAAGCUGUCACGGAUGUCUGACAACAAGGAAAGGAAUUAUUUUAAUCUUCAUGGAGAACAAUCUAUAAAUGCAUCUUACAUUUUCCCAACUGGGGAAAGAUAUGAGGGGGAGUGCAGCAGGUCUGCAUCUGGAGCACUGAUGAGGAGUGGUGUUGGUAAACACACCUCAGCAGAUGGGAUCAUAUACACUGGCGAGUGGCUUCAGGACAAGAUGCAUGGUAGAGGGACCUUGCAGCAUCCUUCUGGAGCACUAUAUGAAGGAGAAUUCAAAGACAACAUGUACCAUGGCACGGGAACAUAUACCUUCCCAGACGGCUCUACUUACAAAGGUCACUUUAGCAAGAACAGGUUGGAGGGAGAAGGGGCUUUCACUAACACAGAAGGACUGGUUUGGACGGGAGAGUUUCAUGGCAAAGCCGCACUGGGCCUGAAAAUGCAGCACAGCAUUUCGGCAAAACCAACAUUAUAGUAAUGUAGUGUAUAAAACAUCGGAUCAUACUGUAUAUUCUACAUCUAACUGAAGUGUAUUAGAGAAGGGUUUUUUUUUCACUUUGGGCCUUGUGUUCUACACAACUCCUUCUUUACCUGUGAUAAAUUUAUUGUACUACUGACAGAUAGACCUGUGUUUCUGCUCAACACUAUCAAGAUCACACAUCCUCGUAUUUCUGUGUAUUGGUGGUUAGAUAUCAGUGAGUCAUGUUUCUUGCUCUGAGUCACUCUCUCAGUUGUAUCUCCUGCUUUCCUGGUGGCGGUGCUCAGAUACAGAAAGUGUCUCUUUGUGUGUGCUUCGUUUCACUCAUGAAAUAUCACACAUGGGUUAUUUUCUCUGGCCUUUUGUCACUAUGCUUUUAUGCAGCCGUGAGUGGAGGGGUGAAAUUACAAGGUACAUGACUCUAAAAUAAAUCCAGGAAUAUUAAUGUUAGUUUUGCACCAGUUACUUCAUCACACACAUUAACUUGGUUACUCAAGUGGAAAAAAAUACCUGCGUAAACCCGUUUUUCAUUUUUCCCUGGUUAUACUGUAUCAUGACUGUGAGGGUGAAGGACGGGUGCAGGGCACUUCUACAUCAUUACACCACCAGCCAAUCGCUGAGGGGCAUAUGCUCACAUCCCCAUCCAACAGCUGUACCCGAGCCGUUGGCCAGAGGAAGUGUGUGACUUGAUGAGAGUGUGUGGUCAGUCUGACCUUCAGUGUUUGAGUCUGUGUGUGUGUGUGUGUGUGUGUGUGUGUGUGUAAACAGCUUUGUGUGUGUACUAGCUCUCCACUCGCUGUCACCCUGCACAGCUCUCUCAGUUAAUAAAUAAUUACUUCUCAAACAA